AGUAGAAUCUACAUCUUCCCAUCUUCGCAAAUAAUUUUUGCCAUAGGAGCCAAAGAAGCUGCGUUGACUUUGUGUACACGUAGAGGUGUUGAAGCCCGUGCUUUUCAUUUCGCAAAAGGUGCAGAAAACUAUAGCGCUUCUUUCACGUCGGCCAACCGCCGCAGCGCCGACUAGUAAAACGAAAAUGUCAAACGUCCGACCUCAGCAGCUGACGAGCAUCCGUCAGGAGACGGCGCAGGGCUUGGCCGAGAUGCGACAAGGCCAACAGGAGGAGCCGCACGCGAAGCGCCAGAAAGUGGAGAACCUGCAGCCACUCGACGCUUCCCUGGCGGACAUCCGCCGCGAGGCUAUGGGCGUCGGCGCGGCGGGGUCGUCCAGCAGUAGCAGCAGCCGGCCCCAGACCAUGACGGCACUGACGGGCAACGCGAAUGCAAACCAGCUGUUCCCGCAGGUGGACAGUGAGAACGCGUUUUGGUUCUACUACCAAGAUGCCCACGAGGACGUCUCUCUGCGGAACGGCGUGUGCCGGGUGUUGCUGUUCGGGAAGAUUUUCCUGCCGAACCAGCAGCAGGUGUCCAGCACGUGUUGCGUCGCGGUGCACAACAUGAAGCGAAACGUGUACCUCUUGCUGCGGGAGCAGGGGUUGACGCCAGAGGAGCACGCCAGGAAAGCCCAAGAAGCGUUUUUGGAAUUCCGAGAAGCACAAUUGAGAAAAUCGCUGCGACAAGGAAGAAGUACCUAUUUGUGCAUUUUUUUGGUGGAAAUUGAUGCAUGAUGAUGCCGACCCCACAUAUUUUGCAAAAGAAGUUCUACGGUCAACGAUCAUGAAAUGAUCGCGACUUUCUUGCGAGCGCCGUAUUAUAAAAACAAAAAUGACUUCUAACAUGAGCCCUUGGCAUGAUCUCUACUCACAGACGCCGACGCGGCUUUGGCGCAGGUGACCUGGAAGGCGGUAAAACGAAAGUACGUGUUUGAGCGCGAGAUUCCGCACCCGCACGGCGAACUGCAGUGGUGCAAGGUCACGUUCGACGGUUCGUGCAGCCAAAUUCACGACGUUGGAGGCACCCACUACUCGGACAUCUUCGGCACGCAGACCUCCUUCCUGGAGAUGUUGUUCAAAAAGCGGUCCCUGAAGGGCCCGCAGUGGAUCCGCGUGACGAACGCCCAGCGGGGAAAUGAGUCGCUCUCUUACUGCCGGUUCGAGGCCCACAUUCCCAGCCACAAGUGCGAGUACCUCAUGUCCAGCUACGACCUGUUCAUGAAGAAGAAGACCCCGGUGACCAAAAUGCCCUCCAUCUCCCCGCCCAUCACUGUGGCGAUUCUCGGCGUAAUAUCAAAAGGAAAAAUCCCCCCUUCCCAUAUCGAAACGAAGUUUCUGAUGCUGGAUUUCCGUACACAAUCAGAUUUGUCUUGCAGUAGAGGACUGCAGGCAUAUGUCAAGCCUCAGUCGAGGGGUUUUGACGUAGGCGCCUAGCAAGACAAACGCGUAUGCUCUAAGCCCAACAGCAUCACAAACCGCCUGCGAAAUGUGGGGCGCUGUCUGGUCUUGCCUUCUUGCAAGACAGACAGGAUUUGAGGUCACAAAUGCGCAUCACAAAUUUUCAGACGGAUACGUUAACGUUUUCAAUAUGGGGAGGGGGGAUUUUUCCUUACGAUAGGUAAAGACGCAGCAGAAAACCAAGGGCGGCCAGCACGAGUUGACCUACCUGUCCCUCUAUCAAAUGUAAAAAUGUCUGAGUCUGGAAACUUGUAAUGCUGCGUUGGGAAUAGUGGAUGCCCUGUAAUGCACAGGCAAGCAUGAGAAAUAUCUGCGCUAGCUACUCAGAUAGAAGGAAGAAACAUAUACAAAAAGUGGCGACAGGGUUGCUAUUUUAAAGAUUGCGCUAAAGCAGCACCCCCCUUCCCCAAGGGGUUCCCCCGGGGCGGGCGCGAUGGCGGCUCCGAGUAGGCGGAGCCCUGGGGCCCGAUUCUUCGGAAACGCAUAAGAAGGGCGCGCGGAAACAGGUCGGCUAAAGUGCUCGAAAGGGGUACGCUUUGGGGUUGUCCGUCAUCGUGAUAGGGUCAGCAAGUAUGACCAAUAGCCCCCCAGUUUACGUAAUAGCGCGCAACCGGCCAAAAAAGUAAGACUCGAGCAAGUUUGUAAGUCUAACCCUUCAAGGCCACGCCGAAGCUCCACCUUGCUCGCGGGCUUGGAUGGUAAGGGGGUUCUGCCACAUGUAGCGCCCACUGGUCGUAGUUGCGCGUAAGUAAUCGAUAGCGGUUUUGCGGAUGCGGCCGGGUGGUAGUUAGGACGUGGAGCAAGUAUCCACCUAGGGGUAUCGGCAGAGGCUAAAUCUGUUCUAACGCCCAGGUAUUGGCAGAGGCUAAAUCUGUUCUAACGCCCACCCGCCAGGAGUCAAAUGGUCACUACUACUACGACUUCUUUGUGUUGCGUUUUUCGCAUGACAAACUGCGUUUUUGCAUGACAGGCCGAAGGGCCUCUUCUUGGACACGCGUCACAAACUUUUUGGUCAUGCCAGACAACCAUGACAACUCUCGCAAUCUUCCAGACCCAGACAUUUUUGCAUUUGCUACCCUCGGGUGUCCCCAGGGGCACGGCUUUCAGGUGGACUCCCCCGCGCCCUGCAACGAGUACCAGGAUACAUUCUACCGGUGGGGGAUAUUGAGGGCCAUCGAGCUGCCGCCGACGGCGAAGCCGAAUCAAAAAGUGGUCGACUACGUCUCCGCGCUGCGCCAGCCUCUUCCUGGUAUACAAAACUACGAGAUGCAGGUGGCAAACUCCGAGAAGCAGAUGCUACUGGAUUUCUUGAAGAAGUUGCAGCAAAUCGACCCGGACGUCAUUGUGCAGCACAACGCGUACGGCUUCGGGUUGGACGUGUUAGCGAACCGCCUCUCCGUCCAUCGCGUGCAAAACUGGGACAUGGUAUAGUUAGAGGCUACGUUUAUUUGGUACAACGCGGUCGCGGCCCCCCUGCGUCCACCAGAAAAGAAAGAUAUUUGCGCUAGUGUAGAUUUGUUGAUCUGUACAAGAAGAUCCAUGAUGGUUUUUACCUUUACCCAUAAACACGAUAGAUGUCCCGUCUGCGCCGCGUCGGGGAUUUUCAGUACCGGAAGACGAGCAACUCGGGCUUUUACCUGGCCCGCCAGCUGACCGUUGGUCGGUUGGUUUGUGACUCCCUGCUCUCCUCCCGAGACUUGGUCGGAAAGCUGACCAACUACGAGCUGCCCAGUUUGGCGAAGAAGCUUUUCGAUCAGGACGUCCCAGACCCGCCAGACUACCACGAGUGCGUGCUCGUUUCCACCACGGCGGCGGUGCAAAACUUCGACAUGUUUCGGUACUGGCUGUGCUACACGUUUGACGAACUGCGACUGACGUUCAACAUUCUGCACCGCCUGGAGAUUCUGACGCUUUCCAAGCAGCUGACCAUCAUCGGCGGGAAUCUCUGGGCACACUCGCUGCAGAACAAGCGCGCAGAGCGGAACGAAUUUCUGCUCGUCCACGAGUUUUACAAGGAAAAGUAUCUGUGCCCGGACAAGGCGGACAUCUACGCCAAAAAGAACAAAGCCCCCGCGAACGAGCUGGAUUUCAUGAUCAACGACGCCCUCGACGAAAGCCAGCAGGUUGCGCAGCAGCAAAACGCCCCAGGUGGGAAGGGCAAGGGGCCGCAGUACUCCGGGGGGCUGGUGCUGGAGCCGAAAGUGGGGCUGUACGAUGACUUUGUGCUGCUUUUGGAUUUCAACUCGCUUUACCCGUCCCUGAUCCAGGAGUACAACAUCUGUUUCUCCACCGUGCAGAGACCCCGAGGGGACAUCAUCGGCACCAUGACGGAGCAAGAGCUGAUGCAGGCCACGAAGCCGCCGCUGAGCAAAGACGAGAAAAACGAAGGGAUUCUGCCGCGAGUUUUGAGACGGUUGGUGUCCAGUCGGAAAGAGGUGAAGAAACAGAUCAAAGAGACACCCGCGUCCGACACAGCGAAGUUGCAGCAGCUGGAAACGAAACAAAAAGCCAUCAAGCUGACCGCAAACUCCAUGUACGGGUGUCUCGGGUUUUCAAACAGCAGAUUCCACGCAAAACCGAUUGCCGCCCUGAUCACGCAACGGGGGCGGGGCGCGCUUUCGGAAACGCAACAACUGAUUGAAGGGUAUCUAUUCUAUGAUAGAUUGUCGUCUGUUUCCUAUGCAGUUUUGUCUUAUUCAUUGAUGUGUGCACGCUGGUGUUGAACAGAAUAUUUGAACGAAAUGCAUGUCAGUCAGGAACAGAACAUGAUGCAGCACACUGUUUAACUGAAACAAUUUUCUUGACGUCGCCGUACCAAACACUACUGGUCAAAAACAGGCUUCAAUACGACGUUGUGUACGGUGACACCGAUUCUGUGUUUGUGCGGUCGUUCACGAAAGAGUACGGGGACGCCGUGAAAAUCGCGCAGAAGAUAAAGUCCGAGGUGAACAAAAAAUACCGCAAAUUGGAAAUCGACCUGGACGGCGUGUUCCAGCGAAUUUUGCUGCUGAAGAAGAAGAAGUACGCGGGGCUGAAGGUGGUGAACUUCGAGAACAAGCAGUUCGAGCAGGAGUACAAGGGGCUGGACCUCGUUCGUCGCGACUGGUGCAAGCUGUCGAGCGACAUGGGAAAGGAGAUUCUGGAAAAAAUUCUCGGCGGGGAGUACUCCGAGGACGGCAUCGUGGACUGGAUACACGAAUACCUGAAGGACAUCAGGAAAAAAAUCGACAACAACGAGAUUCCAAUGUAUGUCCAUUUUUUUUGGGCUACCACUUAUGUGUAGUUGUGACUCCUAGUCUUUGUAUCCGCUUUGCUGUGAAGAAGCGAACGGGAGCAACCAGUUGCGUGUGAAUGAAAAGCAUGAAAAAUAUAUGUCUAUGUAGUACUUAUCAUCACAUCAGCGCGCAAUACGUGAUCACGAAGGGUAUUUCGAAGAUGCCGCACGAGUACCCGGACCCCCGCAACCAGCCGCAUGUCAUGGUCGCAAAACGCAUGAUUGAGCGCGGACAGACGGUCAAUGUGGGUCUCGAAGUUCAGUACAUCCUGUGCCGGCCAAAGAUGGUGGAGCAACCGAACGCUGACCCGAUGUCGGACGAGAAAGUGUACACACCCGUCCCGAACUCGGCCAUAAAGCCGGAGAACAUGAACAACGUGGGUCUGUGUGCGUUCCACAUCUCGGAGCUGGAAGACGCGAACAACAACAUAGAACUGGACAAGGAGUGGUACCUGAAAACGCAAAUCCACCCGCCACUCAUGCGGCUCCUCCAGCCCAUCCCGGGGACGGACAGCGGAAAAAUCGCCGAAGCGCUCGGCAUGGAUGCGAGCCGGUUCCAAAUCGCGAACCUGGGUGGCGGCGCUAUCGACGACGAAAUCGACUUUUCAAAUUCGCUCGUCGAGGAAAUAUUGAAUCCUAUGACCAGAUACAAGGGCGGGAAGUUGAACUUCGAGAUCAGCUGUAUUUCCUCCUUUUUUUUUAUGCGACAAGGAUGGACCUCUCCAACGACGGAAAUACAUGCAAUUCUGUAGUACUAGAUUUCCUCCGAUAUGCAUAGAAGCUAUUUUGACACAACUUGCAGGUCCAAACUGCAAGAAGGCUUCCUCGCUGCAGAAACUCCUGGGAUUGAACGAAGAUUUGAAGGUCAUCGACGAAGAUCUCGUGCUGCGUUGUGACUACUGCGGCGCUUCCGAUCCUUCCAGACUCUUCUACCAGAUUGCCGAUUCCCUGCGGCAGUUCCACAACCGCUAUAUGGACGGCUUCACGAAAUGCACCGAGCCAACAUGUAUUUCUCUUUCAUUUGGAAAGAGCAUUCACGUUUUUUCGUGUUUCUUGGUUCUCUUGGUUCUUGAGUAAGUACUUCGCUAUGUGAAAGCGUUUACGUGCUGCUGCCACCAAACCUCAACAGGUCGUCGCGUCUCGAAAACCUUAUCGCUCGCCAGUAUUGGUAGGAGGUGCGAGAACCCGCAUUGUCGGAACGUGGUAAAAGAGGAAGUUACGCAGCAGAUGUUUCAGGACGAACUGAAUUUGAUGUUUGUGUGCGUUACGCAGGCCAUAGCCGGCGUGCAGGGCGGCCGAAAGAAGGACCCGCGGCUGUUCCGGGCUUUGUCGAGCGUGCAUGGCUACUUGAACGCUGCCGUCGGCAACAGUGCCUACAAUCGCGUGAACCUUACCAGUCUCUUCGGCAAAGUCGGCUUCACCGUCCAAACCCCCUUGACAAGCGGCGUGGACGCAGCGGGGAGUGGGGGCGUGUAG